GUCCUUCUGCUGGGAGCACCGCCCAGAGCAGGCAGUGGAGGCGACUCCGCAGGAGAACACCACCACCUGCCUCAUCUGCCUCCACCCUGUGGGGGACAGAAAGUCCUACGGCACCAUGGUGUGCCCAGCGUGCAAACACGCCUGGUUCCACAGGGGCUGCAUGCAGAAUCAGGCUAUCCAUGCUGGCUUCUCCUCCUUCCGCUGCCCGCAUUGUCAAAAUGAAUAUCGAUUUCUGAUGGAAAUGCUCACCAUGGGGAUCCGAAUCCCCAGGAGGUCCUUCUGCUGGGAGCACCGCCCAGAGCAGGCAGUGGAGGCGACUCCGCAGGAGAACACCACCACCUGCCUCAUCUGCCUCCACCCUGUGGGGGACAGAAAGUCCUACGGCACCAUGGUGUGCCCAGCGUGCAAACACGCCUGGUUCCACAGGGGCUGCAUGCAGAAUCAGGCUAUCCAUGCUGGCUUCUCCUCCUUCCGCUGCCCGCAUUGUCAAAAUGAAUAUCGAUUUCUGAUGGAAAUGCUCACCAUGGGGAUCCGAAUCCCCAGGAGUUUCCGGGACGGCUUCGUCUGUGGCGAGAGCGGGGCCACCAUCCCCUGCCGGGAGACGGGCUGCGACCGCAGCUUCCAUCUCCCCUGUGCCGUGGAGGGCGGAUGCGUCACCCAGUUCUUUGGGCUCUACAGGUCCUUCUGCUGGGAGCACCGCCCAGAGCAGGCAGUGGAGGCGACUCCGCAGGAGAACACCACCACCUGCCUCAUCUGCCUCCACCCUGUGGGGGACAGAAAGUCCUACGGCACCAUGGUGUGCCCAGCGUGCAAACACGCCUGGUUCCACAGGGGCUGCAUGCAGAAUCAGGCUAUCCAUGCUGGCUUCUCCUCCUUCCGCUGCCCGCAUUGUCAAAUAUCGUAUCGAUUUCUGAUGGAAAUGCUCACCAUGGGGAUCCGAAUCCCCAGGAGCGGACCGUCAUGGGAGGACGAUGGUGCCUAUGAACAAUUAUAUGAGAGGCACAGCCGCUGUGAUGCCAGGGAGUGCCUUUGUCCGGGAGGCAGGGAGCAGGCAGAGGAAGAGGGGCCCUGGCAACUGCUCCUGUGCUGCUCCUGUGCUGCCGAAGGCACCCACAAACGCUGCUCCUUCGUGAAGCACAGCACAACUAGCUGGGAGUGCGUCAGCUGUGCUGGCCUGGGCAGCGCCCCCCAGCGCCAGCUGGGGCCCCCCCCGCCCCAGCGCUGCCAGACAGUCAGGAUCGGGGCCUUCCCACGGCUCCCCGGCACCCGAGACCAGCAGCCCCAGCACCAGCGGCCAGGCGGCAUCGGGGCCAUCCCGCGGCUCCCCAAGGCUUCAGGGCAGCAGCCGCUCCAGCCGCCCUGGGCCCGACCGCACGCGAAACCGCUCCCGGUUGAACCGUCGGGCCCAAAACCCCUACAGACGGCCCAGCGGACGCCGGGAGAGCAGCCGCGCGCCAGCACCAAGUGCUGA